AUGGGGGCGGCGGCCGCAGAGGCCGACUGCACUCUCUUCGUGGGUAACCUGGAGAUGAAGGUGACCGAGGAGCUCCUCUUCGAGCUCUUCCACCAGGCUGGGCCAGUAAUAAAGGUGAAAAUUCCAAAAGAUAAAGAUGGCAAGUUGAAGCAAUUUGCAUUUGUGAGUUUCAAACACGAAGUGUCUGUUCCUUAUGCCAUGAAUCUUCUCAAUGGAAUCAAACUUUUUGGGAAGCCCAUCAAAAUUCAGUUUAGAUCAGGAAGUAGUCACGCCUCUCAGGAUGCCAGUGUGUCAUAUCCCCAGCAUCAUGUCGGAAAUCUAAGUCCUACCUCCACAUCUCCUAACAGCUAUGAAAGGACAGUGGGUAACAUGACUCCAUCAGCACAGAUGGUCCAGAGGUCCUUCUCUUCUCCAGAAGAUUAUCAGCGGCCAGCAGUGAUGAACAAUGUUUUCAGACAGAUGUCAUAUGCUGGGAAAUUUGGUUCUCCACAUGCAGAUCAGUCGGGAUUUUCGCCAUCAGGUCAAUCACAUGGUCAUCCCUUUAACCAGUCUUCCAGCUCCCAGUGGCGCCAAGAUGCAUUGUCACUACAGCGUAAAAGACAGAAUUCUCACCCCUACCUGUCAGAUAGACACGAUAGUCGUGAGCAGCGCUACUCUGAUCAUGGGCCCGACUAUCAUUACAGAGGAGGCCGAGAGGAUUUCUACUAUGACGACAGGAACCAUGAUGGCUGGAGCCACGACUAUGAUAGCAGAAGGGACAGUAGUAGAAGUGGGAAAUGGUCCUCAUCUCGACACUAGCAAGCAUUCCAGGGAUAUUGUUUACAGGGCCAUUUUAGGCCCUCUUCAUUAAGUUGUUCUGGAAAUAUUUCUAAAACUGCACAGAGUAGCCCCACAGUUUUCCA